AUGGUUUCCAAGAUUCUCCCAGUCGCCGCUCUCGCUGGUGCAGCUAUGGCUGCUUCCAGUUGCCCACUCUCAGUUCAGAUCGCCGGUACCACCAACCAUGUUGCUCAAGUCGCCAUUACCAACACUGGUGCUGAGGCUGUUACCGUUUUCAAGGGUAACACCGUUUUGAGUGAACAUGCAACUUUGGAUCUUGUUGCUUCUACAGCCGAUAAGGACCUUGAAUUCAAGGGAACCUACGUUAAUUACAAACGUGCCGGACUUGAUGCUUCAAUGUUCCAGACCAUUCAACCUGGAGAAACAGUCACCGCUUCUGUGAAUGCCGCCAAGACCUACAACCUUGAAGGUCUUGAGGCUGUUGAUAUCACUGCUGUUCAAGGUUUCAGAUAUGUCACCGGCGAAGUUGCUCCAUCUCUAUUGAGCGAAACUAGUCUUUGCGAGGAUGUCAUCUCCAACACUGUGACAAUUAAACCUGACCAGAGCAAGGUUUCAGCUGAUCUCAUCUCCAGAGCUGAAUCAUCUCCUAUGUCUCGCAUUCAACAGCGUGCUGUAACCUUCAGCGGUUGCACUGCUGCUCAAACCACCUCCCUUCAAACCACAGUAAAGGACGCCAUCACGCUCGCCACUAACGCUUACACCGCCGCUGGCACCGCUGCCUAUUACUUCACCACCUGGUUCAAGUCCACCUCUGAGGAAACCGCCGUUCGAGCCAUUUACACCGACGUCAAGAACGUUCAAACCAAAUCCCCUAAGAUCUCCUGCACAGAUACUUACGGAGAUUGCUCUGAUGGAAGUGCAUUACUCUACACAGUUCCCAGUGCAAACGUCAUUGUUCCUUGCCCCAACAAUGGAUACUGGGGAUUUGCUGAAUACUCCCCGACUUGCGCUAAUUUCGAUUAUGAUCGUGCUGGAAGUCUCUUGCACGAGAUGACUCAUUUAUACGGUACUCUGGAUUACGCUUAUGGCCCAACUGCUGCUAAGGCUUUGUCGGCUGCUCAGGCUGCUAACAAUGCUGAUACUUAUGAGAUGUAUGCUGGAUCUGUCAGACUUGGUGGUUGCACUGGUUAA